AUGUUUUUGAGAAGAUUAGGUCCUAUACCAAUUACCUUACUUUCUGGGUUUUUAGGAAGUGGUAAAACCACAUUAUUAGAACAUAUAUUAACUGCAAAGCAUGGAUUGAAAAUAGCUGUCAUUAUCAAUGAUGUGUCUAAGUUAAAUAUUGAUGCUGCUUUACUUCAAAAUCAUAAAGUUACUAAUAAAGAAGAGAAAUUAAUCCAGUUGCAAAACGGUUGUAUUUGUUGUACAUUAAGAGGAGAUUUGUUGGAGGAAUUAGUUGCAUUGGCUAAAUCAAAGGCAUUCCAAUAUAUCGUUAUUGAAUCCACUGGUAUUUCAGAACCUAUGCAAGUGGCAGAAACUUUCACAACCGAAUUUACUGAGAUGCUUUUAGAAACUCUGGAUGAAAUAGAUGAAAAUGAAUCAAAUAUCUUGAAAGAGAUAGUUAAAAGUGGGGGAUUGAACAAACUUACUAAAUUAGAUACUUGUGUCACUGUUGUUGAUGCCUUAAACUUCUUUAAUAAUUUGGAGACUACUGACUUUUUAAUUGAUAGAUUUGGAGAUCAUGGUUCUGGUGAACAAGAAAGAACUAUAACUGAUUUAUUAAUUGAUCAAAUUGAAUUUGCCAAUGUUAUUAUCAUCAACAAGGUUGCGACUGUUUCUGGUAGUAAGUUGAAGAAAAUUGAAAAAGCAAUCAAAACCUUGAAUCCAAUUGCAAAGAUAAUUAAAACCAACUAUUCCAAAGUGGAUAUUAAAGAUGUUGUGAAUACUAAAUUGUAUGAAUUUGAGAAAGCUCAAUUAUCCGCUGGUUGGUUACAAAGUUUAAAUGAGAUGACCAUAAGAGAGGGAUUUGGAGCUAAGAAGAAGAAUGUAUUGACUCCAAAACCAGAAACUGAAGAAUAUGGAAUUAAUAAUUUUGUUUAUCAAGCAAAAAGGCCAUUUCAUCCCGAAAGACUUUUUGAUUUAAUUAAAGAUAAGUUUGUUAUUCUUGAGCGUAGUAGCAUGAAUCAAGAGCAAUUAACAAAUGAGGCCAAAGAAUUAACAGAACAGACACUUACGGAAGAAGAAGAAGAAGAAUCCGAGGAAGAAGAAACUAACGAAGAAGAUGAAAUUGAAAAUGGAAUAAGUGAGAAUGAAUAUAUUAGAAAUAAGAAGAAAUCUGCUCUUGGUCCUGUCUUAAGAUCUAAAGGAUUCAUCUGGUUAGCCUCUAGAUACAUCAAUCGAGGAGAAUGGUCUUCGGCUGGAUCAAUGUUGACAAUUAAUGGUGGUAUUCCAUGGUUUGAUAUUAUUGGAAUUCCUCCAACUACAAAAGAAGCUGCAAAAUUAAUUAAACAAGAAUUGAAACAAAAGUAUGGAGAUAGAAGAAAUGAAAUUGUUUUCAUUGGAUUAGGUAUUGACUCUCAAAACAUCACAAAACUCUUAGAUUCAUGUUUAGUAACUGAUGAAGAAUUGAAUCAAUUCGAUAAAAUUAUUAAAUCAGAGAAGAAACUUAUUAAUAUUGAAAAACGAUUACAAAGGGAGUUCUCCGAUGGGUUUGAGGAUUGGAUCUUAUUGGAUGAAGAUGAUAAACAAGAGGAAAAAGAAGUUCAUAACGAACACACAAUUGCUGGAAGAGUUCAUCAACAUCAUGUUGCCGUUAAGUAG